GCCAGAGGAAGGAGGAAGAAGUUGGCUCUAGAGGGAGUCUCCAUUUUGGCUGGAUCGUUGUUCCGUAUUUUCUGUCACUUGCUUCCUCGUUCCAACGUCACCAAGUGAAGUAGUCUCUGUGUGGCAAGCGCUCUGCUUAUAUCCGGGAGCGGCUGAGGGAAAAGGAUGGCUGCCGAGAGCCGGGAGGAACAAGAUGGUGAAUUGAAUGUUCUUGAUGAUAUCUUGACUGAUGCACCUGAUCAUGACGAUGAAUUAUAUAACCCUGAGAGUGAGCAAGAUAAAAGUGAAAAAAAGGGAUCUAAAAGGAAAAGUGAGGGGAUGGAAGUAGCUGAAAUUAAAAAACAAAAACCAUCUGUACAUUCCUCAAGGCAGAUGUUACCCAAACUUCCAAGUUCUUCUAUUGACAACAACAAAAGAAUUGGGAGCACAAAAGGAAAGCCAGUAUUGGAAUACAAGAGUGAGGACUAUCGAAGGUCUGACAGAAGUAAACCUCCAGAUGGUGAUAGAAAGAUACAUAUGACAAGCAGCACCUCCAGUGAUCCCUAUGAGGGAAAGCCUGAAAAGACAUGUAUGAGGAAAAGGGAUGCUGACAGAAGGGCUAAGUCUUCUACUCCAGAUGCUUCUGUAAGACUAAGGCAUGAUGUGGAUAGAUGGCCAAGCAGGUCCAGCCACUCUUCAAAAGAAGAAGUAAAUUCUGAGGACUAUGGUUCAGACUGUGAAACAGGUAGUAGUGGUUCCUCUGAUGCCAGAAAUACUGAAAAUGAAGAAGAGGAAGAGAACGAGGAAGGAAUGGAGGAAGACGAAGAGGAAGAGGAGGAAGUAGAAGAUGGAGAUGAUGAGGAAGAAGAGUAUGAUCGAGAUGAAAGAGAUCAGAAGGAAGGAAAUGAUUAUGAUACGCGAAGUGAAGCUAGUGAUUCUGAUUCUGAAUCUGCAUCCUUUACUGAUGGGUCAGUCAAACCUGGUUCAUGCUCAGAUAUAUCAGAUGAGAAAAAGAAGGCCAGGAAAAGAGCUAGAGGCAUCUCUCCAAUUGUUUUUGAUAGAAGUGGAAGCUCUGCAUCAGAGUCAUAUGCAGGUUCAGAAAAGAAGCAUGAGAAAUUAUCAUCUUCUGUUCGUGCUGUCCAAAAAGACCAAACUAGCAAACUUAAAUAUAUUCUCCAAGAUGCACGAUUUUUUCUUAUAAAAAGUAACAACCAUGAAAAUGUCUCACUUGCAAAAGCUAAGGUAUGUUGGAGUCCACUCCUAUGA